GGAAAUAGCUCCAACUAUCUUCAGAAUUACUGGAGUAAGCAGGAGUAAUAGUGAAAUUCAUCUGAAUUCCAGCACAUAUAGGGGUGGAGGGAAAUAAACUGGCAGACAAAUAUGCUAAAGAUGCAACUAAGAAAGUAAAUGUGACAGUAAAUUAUAGUAAGGCUGAAGUUAAAAGCAUAAUUAAAGUAGAAAUGAAAAAGAAAUGGCAGGACCUUUUGGAAGAGGGAAACUAAAGGUAGACGUUACUGUAGUAUCCGACAGGAAGUAGGAGAAAUGAGGGAAACCAGUAGAACAAAAGAAGAAGAAGACAUUAUCUCGAGGAUGAGGUUUGGGCAAACUGGUCUUAACAGUAAACUUAAGAUAACUGGUAAACAUGGCACUGGUCUGUGUGAGUACUGUAACAUACAGCAGAGCAUGUAAUUAUCAGCUGUCCGAGGUACGAGCAGGAAAGACUAAAAACAGACUGAGGAGAGAUCGCAUCAAGUCCGGAACAAAGGAGUUACUCCAGCUGAACUCAGGGCGAUAUUUAGGUUUUUGGAAAAGACAGGACUUAGAAGAAGACUACAGGGUCGGCACAAGACCGCUGUGAGCCACACUGCAUGUCAGAAGGUGGCGCUAAAGCGCCAAAAGCUGUUUGCCAACCGCCAUAAAACACCAGAAGAAGAAGAAGACGACGAAGAAGAAGAAGGGAUGUAAACAGGAAGUAAACAGGAAGUGAGACAUCUAGAAGACAGAAGAAUUAGUUUUCGUCAUGUCGGGUUCAGGGACCUCAGGAGGAGAAAUGAGCACCGCGCAGUUAUUCCAGCAGAUGGCGCUGCUGCGCUGGCUGACCUCUCAGACCGAGGAGGACCGCAGGAUUCUGACGGCGGUGACCGGCGUCCAGGUCGGCAGAGAGCUGCUGAACCGGAUCACCGGCCAGGACAAAGUGGACGCUUACAAGAGAGAGUGCAUCCUGAGCGUCGCUGAGUUCGUCCGUGGGAACCCGCGAGCCUCGCCGGCCGCGAUCAACGCCGAGGUGGAGAAAAGAGUUCUGACUUUCGCUGCUCGAGUGAAAGCUCUGGAAACGGCUCCAAUACUCUGAAUGAAACCUCUCCGUGUUUUAAUAUUUCUAAAGAUGUGAACGCCUCAGCAGCGCGGGCACAUGUGACGUCUUCACAGCUCAAACUGUUUGCUUAUUCUACGUUUGCUUUUCAUAUUUUACAGUAUGUUUGUGUAACUAUUUAGUUCAUGUUCUUGACUGAUUGAUACGAAAAUCAGCCUGUUCAUUUAUGUAAAUCACACCAAAAGAAAAGUCUUUGAAAGUCUUUGAAAGUGCUUGAAUCUGUGAUCACGAGGAGACUCUGUGACGUCUGCUGUUUUCUGUGUCAUCGCCUUAAAGCUGAACCUCCGCCACUCUUCAUAAUAAAAGCUUCUGGAAACACUCA